AUGCCAAGGUAUGGUGACGCCCACAUGCUGCCGGAGGGCGUGCUUUCCGUGCUGGCUGCUGGGGCCGUGCUGCCGCUGCUGCGCUGCCUGCUGCACCCGCACACCAAGGUAUGGUAUGGUGACACCCCCAUGCCAAGGUAUGGUGACACCCCCAUGCCAAGGUAUGGUGACACCCCCAUGCCAAGGUAUGGUGACACCCCCAUGCCAAGGUAUGGUGACACCCCCAUGCCAAGGUAUGGUGACACCCCCAUGCCAAGGUAUGGUGACACCCCCAUGCCAAGGUAUGGUGACGCCCACAUGCUGCCGGAGGGCGUGCUUUCCGUGCUGGCUGCUGGGGCCGUGCUGCCGCUGCUGCGCUGCCUGCUGCACCCGCACACCAAGGUAUGGUAUGGUGACGCCCACAUGCUGCCGGAGGGCGUGCUUUCCGUGCUGGCUGCUGGGGCCGUGCUGCCGCUGCUGCGCUGCCUGCUGCACCCGCACACCAAGGUAUGGUAUGGUGACGCCCACAUGCUGCCGGAGGGCGUGCUUUCCGUGCUGGCUGCUGGGGCCGUGCUGCCGCUGCUGCGCUGCCUGCUGCACCCGCACACCAAGGUAUGGUAUGGUGACGCCCACAUGCUGCCGGAGGGCGUGCUUUCCGUGCGGGCUGCUGGGGCCGUGCUGCCGCUGCUGCGCUGCCUGCUGCACCCGCACACCAAGGUAUGGUAUGGUGACGCCCACAUGCUGCCGGAGGGCGUGCUUUCCGUGCUGGCUGCUGGGGCCGUGCUGCCGCUGCUGCGCUGCCUGCUGCACCCGCACACCAAGGUAUGGUAUGGUGACGCCCACAUGCUGCCGGAGGGCGUGCUUUCCGUGCUGGCUGCUGGGGCCGUGCUGCCGCUGCUGCGCUGCCUGCUGCACCCGCACACCAAGGUAUGGUAUGGUGACGCCCACAUGCUGCCGGAGGGCGUGCUUUCCGUGCUGGCUGCUGGGGCCGUGCUGCCGCUGCUGCGCUGCCUGCUGCACCCGCACACCAAGGUAUGGUAUGGUGACGCCCACAUGCUGCCGGAGGGCGUGCUUUCCGUGCUGGCUGCUGGGGCCGUGCUGCCGCUGCUGCGCUGCCUGCUGCACCCGCACACCAAGGUAUGGUAUGGUGACGCCCACAUGCUGCCGGAGGGCGUGCUUUCCGUGCUGGCUGCUGGGGCCGUGCUGCCGCUGCUGCGCUGCCUGCUGCACCCGCACACCAAGGUAUGGUAUGGUGACGCCCACAUGCUGCCGGAGGGCGUGCUUUCCGUGCUGGCUGCUGGGGCCGUGCUGCCGCUGCUGCGCUGCCUGCUGCACCCGCACACCAAGGUAUGGUAUGGUGACGCCCACAUGCUGCCGGAGGGCGUGCUUUCCGUGCUGGCUGCUGGGGCCGUGCUGCCGCUGCUGCGCUGCCUGCUGCACCCGCACACCAAGGUAUGGUAUGGUGACGCCCACAUGCUGCCGGAGGGCGUGCUUUCCGUGCUGGCUGCUGGGGCCGUGCUGCCGCUGCUGCGCUGCCUGCUGCACCCGCACACCAAGGUAUGGUAUGGUGACGCCCACAUGCUGCCGGAGGGCGUGCUUUCCGUGCUGGCUGCUGGGGCCGUGCUGCCGCUGCUGCGCUGCCUGCUGCACCCGCACACCAAGGUAUGGUAUGGUGACGCCCACAUGCUGCCGGAGGGCGUGCUUUCCGUGCUGGCUGCUGGGGCCGUGCUGCCGCUGCUGCGCUGCCUGCUGCACCCGCACACCAAGGUAUGGUAUGGUGACACCCCCAUGCCAAGGUAUGGUGACACCCCCAUGCCAAGGUAUGGUGACGCCCACAUGCUGCCGGAGGGCGUGCUUUCCGUGCUGGCUGCUGGGGCCGUGCUGCCGCUGCUGCGCUGCCUGCUGCACCCGCACACCAAGGUAUGGUAUGGUGACGCCCACAUGCUGCCGGAGGGCGUGCUUUCCGUGCUGGCUGCUGGGGCCGUGCUGCCGCUGCUGCGCUGCCUGCUGCACCCGCACACCAAGGUAUGGUAUGGUGACACCCCCAUGCCAAGGUAUGGUGACACCCCCAUGCCAAGGUAUGGUGACACCCCCAUGCCAAGGUAUGGUGACGCCCACAUGCUGCCGGAGGGCGUGCUUUCCGUGCUGGCUGCUGGGGCCGUGCUGCCGCUGCUGCGCUGCCUGCUGCACCCGCACACCAAGGUAUGGUAUGGUGACACCCCCAUGCCAAGGUAUGGUGACACCCCCAUGCCAAGGUAUGGUGACACCCCCAUGCCAAGGUAUGGUGACACCCCCAUGCCAAGGUAUGGUGACACCCCCAUGCCAAGGUAUGGUGACAUCCCCAUGCCAAGGUAUGGUGACACCCCCAUGCCAAGGUAUGGUGACACCCCCAUGCCAAGGUAUGGUGACACCCCCAUGCCAAGGUAUGGUGACACCCCCAUGCCAAGGUAUGGUGACACCCCCAUGCCAAGGUAUGGUGACACCCCCAUGCCAAGGUAUGGUGACACCCCCAUGCCAAGGUAUGGUGACACCCCCAUGCCAAGGUAUGGUGACGCCCACAUGCUGCCGGAGGGCGUGCUUUCCGUGCUGGCUGCUGGGGCCGUGCUGCCGCUGCUGCGCUGCCUGCUGCACCCGCACACCAAGGUAUGGUAUGGUGACACCCCCAUGCCAAGGUAUGGUGACACCCCCAUGCCAAGGUAUGGUGACACCCCCAUGCCAAGGUAUGGUGACACCCCCAUGCCAAGGUAUGGUGACACCCCCAUGCCAAGGUAUGGUGACACCCCCAUGCCAAGGUAUGGUGACGCCCACAUGCUGCCGGAGGGCGUGCUUUCCGUGCUGGCUGCUGGGGCCGUGCUGCCGCUGCUGCGCUGCCUGCUGCACCCGCACACCAAGGUAUGGUAUGGUGACACCCCCAUGCCAAGGUAUGGUGACACCCCCAUGCCAAGGUAUGGUGACACCCCCAUGCCAAGGUAUGGUGACACCCCCAUGCCAAGGUAUGGUGACACCCCCAUGCCAAGGUAUGGUGACACCCCCAUGCCAAGGUAUGGUGACACCCCCAUGCCAAGGUAUGGUGACACCCCCAUGCCAAGGUAUGGUGACACCCCCAUGCCAAGGUAUGGUGACACCCCCAUGCCAAGGUAUGGUGACGCCCCCAUGCCAAGGUAUGGUGACACCCCCAUGCCAAGGUAUGGUGACACCCCCAUGCCAAGGUAUGGUGACACCCCCAUGCCAAGGUAUGGUGACACCCCCAUGCCAAGGUAUGGUGACACCCCCAUGCCAAGGUAUGGUGACACCCCCAUGCCAAGGUAUGGUGACACCCCCAUGCCAAGGUAUGGUGACACCCCCAUGCCAAGGUAUGGUGACACCCCCAUGCCAAGGUAUGGUGACACCCCCAUGCCAAGGUAUGGUGACACCCCCAUGCCAAGGUAUGGUGACACCCCCAUGCCAAGGUAUGGUGACACCCCCAUGCCAAGGUAUGGUGACACCCCCAUGCCAAGGUAUGGUGACACCCCCAUGCCAAGGUAUGGUGACACCCCCAUGCCAAGGUAUGGUGACACCCCCAUGCCAAGGUAUGGUGACGCCCACAUGCUGCCGGAGGGCGUGCUUUCCGUGCUGGCUGCUGGGGCCGUGCUGCCGCUGCUGCGCUGCCUGCUGCACCCGCACACCAAGGUGGUGCAGGCAGCUGCAAGGUCACUGCGUCUGAUCUUCCAGUCCACUCCUGCGCUGCCACGUGGCAGCACUGCUGCAGGGGAUUGGCUCUCGCCCGCCCUCACCCUGCUGCCGUCCCUGCUCGCCUCCCCCAACGAGACAGUGUCAGAGGUGGCAGCGAGUGUGGCAGCGCACUGCGUGCACUCGCACCAGCAACAGGCAGCGCUGGCAGCAGCAGGCGGGCUGCUGUCGCUCUCGCGCCUGCUCGCCUCGUCACCGCGCUGCACCGAUGCCGCUCUGCUCGCCCUGGCGGCGGCUGUCAAGGGCAACCGGCAGCAGGCCGCUGCUCUCGUAGAUAUGGGCGGGGGAGCAGCGCUGGCGGCGGUGGUGAGUCUGACGCGCCACCCAUCCCCCACCACGCGGCUCAAUGCCUGCCGCUGCCUGCUGCACGUCGAGGCAGCCCUCUGGCCGCACGGCGGUGCCAUCACUGCCGUGCCACGCUCCUUCCUCCAGCACCCCGCUCCCACCCUCGCUGCCCUGCCUUCCCCUGCCACCUCCGCAGUUCCACCGGCCACCACCGCUGCUGCCCCUGCCUGUGCUGCUGGCCCACCUCCUGCCACAGCAGCUGCAGCGGCGGCUGCGAGCGUGAGGGCUGAGCGGGUUGCACGCAGCAGCUGCAGCAGCAGCGGCGGCAGCAUUGCAGGCGAUGGGGUUGGACGGGCGGGUGGGCGGGGCGGUGGAGUGAAACGAGAUGCAUGGGGCGGGUUGAAGGCAGGCGGGAUGACCAAGGGCGAUCGGGGCACGUGGCCGGGGCAGCAAGGGCACGAGCAGGCGGUGUGUGGGCGGGAGAGCGAAGAGCAGCGGGCGCACCAUGUGGUGUGCGGGGCGCUUUUGUCCCCUCGCACAGGGCCCCACACGCCUGCCACCGCGCUCGCACCUCCUACUGCUGCCAGUGGCGAGAGGCCGAUGCGCGUGGGUGUGGGCGUGGGCAUGGGAGUGGGCGCGGCGGCGGCAGUGGAUGUGAACGUGGCGGCGGUGGUGCUGGUGGCGCUCAUCAACCUGCUGCCUCUCUCCCACCCGUCCCCCUCAAGCAAGCUAUUCUCGCUGUCUCCCUCCCCCACUUCCUCCUCUCCCCCUCAGGUGGGCGAGCAGGCGCCAAGGCUACUGCAGCAGCUGCUGGGCGGCAGGGAGGACGUGCAGUGGGCGGCCUUCAACGCCCACGCGGCCUCGGAGCUCGUCGCUCUGCUCCGCCCCGCCCCUGCCGCCUCCUCACCGCCCCCCAUCACCUCCUCUUCCUCGCCUCCCAUCCCCUCCUCCUCUGCCUUUCCCAUCCCCUCCUCCUCCCCCCCUCCUCCCAUCCCCCCAUUUCCAUCCUUCCCCUCUCCACUCAUCCCCUCAUCCUCCUCGCCCCCUGCUGCCGCUGCCACCAGACCACUCUUCUCCCGCUCCCCACCCGUUGUAACUUUUGGCUCAGUAGGCUUGGCCGAGCCUACCUCCAACGGCUUGGUAUUCACCGAGCCUAGGGCCACUCGUGGAUGGCUGAGCGGGGUGGGGCGCAGGGAGAGUGCGGAGUUCCCCUCGCGCAGUGCGGUGCAGAGGGAGAGUGCAUUGGCGGCGCUAGCAGUGCUGUGCUCCUCGUGGGAGCCCAUCCGCCGCCAGGCACUCGACCUCAAGGUGCUUCAGCCGCUGCUGCGCUGCCUCGACGCCUCCCAGCCCAUGCCCCUGCGCGCCGCUGCGUGCUCCUGCCUGCACUCGCUCUCGCGCUCCAUCAAGAAUCUCCGCACGGGCCUGUCCACGGCGCCCAUCAUCCUCACCGUGCUCAACCUCGCCGCCUCCCCCGAUGCCUCUGCCCAGUUAGCUGCGGUGUCAGCAUUGGCUAAUCUGCUGCUGGACUUCCGUGGCGACACGGGUGCUCUCGUGCACGCAGGGCUGCUCACCUGCAUGGCCCAGCUCGCAACAGGGGGGCGGGAGGGGUGCGUGCAAGAGGAGGGUGUGAAAGGUGGCGUGAAGGGGAGAAUGGAGAGAAGUGUGGAGGGGUAUGUGGGGGGGAGUGUGGGGGGGGAAGAGGGGGGGAGAAGGCGGGUAGCAGGGGAGGUGGUGGAGCGCAGUGUGAUGGUACUGCGCAACGUGGCUCACUCCGCCACCACAGCUGUGAAGCAGCAGCUGCUCGCCCUCAUGCUGCCCACCACCCUGCCCGCCCUGCUGCUAGACUCCUCGCCAAGUGUGCAGGUGCAGGCAGCGGCACUGCUGCGCAACGUGGCGCACGGAGCAGAGGAGGCCGCCCACCUGCUGCUGGCCCCCGCUGCCCUCCACGGCGCCCUCCUGCGCCUCCUCGCCGCCAAACUGCUGCCCGCCCGCCCACCGCCCCUCAGACCAGCCUUAGCAGGAGGAGCAGCGGGAGGAGCGAGAGGCGCAGUGGGAGGAGACGCAGGAGGGGAUGCAGAGGAGGAGGGUGGGUGGGAUGCGGAGGCAGAGUUGGCGGCAGUGCGGCGGGCUCAGUAUGCGGUGCGAGUGGAGUCCAUGCUGGCUCUGAGCAACGUGGCAGCAGGGGGCGCACAGGCCAAGGACUCUGUGCUGCCGCUGCUGCUGCUGCCUGCCGCCAAGGUCAGGGAGUUUGAAGCCCGUUGGCAGGCAGGAGCAGAGAGUGAAGAAGCCGUGUGUGGGGCGCCAGGGAGCGUGGAAGCAGAUGGAGUGAACGCGGUCGCAUGCAGUGGUGCAGGCUCGAGUCCAAGUGCUGGUGCUUCUGGCAGCAUCAAGGGGCGAGAGGGAAAAGGAAAACCGCUGGUAGCCACCCCUCUGCCCCAUCUUCUCCACCACCACCCACCUUCCAGCUCGAUCCGUCCCAGCAACUCCCCUCCUCCUCCGCUCAUCCUGCACCUGCUGCGCCUGCGUGGCUGCACAUCGCUGCGCCUGGCCUCCCUCUGGUGCCUCGCCAACCUCUGCCGCCCCGCCUGCCCGGGGGCUGACAGGCGAGCUGCUGCGGUGAGGGCAGCAGAGGGCGUGGUGGCGCAGCUGGAGAGGAUGGCAGCGCAAGGGAGCUUCGACAUCGCUUGUCGUGCCAAGCUAGCACUUGACUAUGUGACACGGGAAAGCUGA